AUGUUAAAAAAUCGAGAACAAAAUAGACGUCGCCGUAUGGAUCAGAGUUGGAUUCAACAAUCUGUUAUGCGUAGACAGGCUGGGGAUAUUUAUGCUUUUGGAAUUGUUAUGUAUGAAAUUUUAUUCCGUGAUCUUCCCUUCCCUAGAAAUGUUGACCUCUCUGGUCAGUUUGUCUCUUUAUUUUUGGCAUUUAAUUGGGAAAACUUGUUGAAUUAUUGUUUUUUAAGAGAGAAAGGAAAGGGGGUUGUUUCGGGAAUAAUAAAUAAGGGUUCCUUUUUGGAUAUCCACCCUAAUUUGAGUUUCAGUUAUUUAUUUUCUUCAAGCAAUAUAUGUAAACGAAGUGUAAGUGCAGAAAAUAAAUUUUUUGCUUGUCCAAAUAUACCCAAAAAUUAAGAAGGAAAAAAUAACUGAUACUCAAACUAGAAGAGGGCGGCAUAUCCAGAAAGUACCUCGACUUAACUGAGCGACCGAAGAUUUCUCGGUUUUUUAAUAGAAUUUGGAAGGCGAUUAAGAGGUUUGGAGC